AUGGCGGAAUCACACUCCCACAACCCGUUUCUGGCCAAGGCGGCCCCGCCGCCCGCAAAGACCGGUCAUAGUGCGAUGGACGACUUGCUGGGCCUCGAUUUGACCACACCGAUGCCAGCCACAGCGCCAGCACCUGCCGCCCCUGACGCGUUCGGAUCGUCCCAUCACACCAUGACAGACUCGUACACCCCCUUCUCCUCCAGCAAUUUGCCUGGCGGGUUUGGCGAUGCUCGUCCUGUGAACCAGGCAUGGUCACAGUCCGUGGGAUCGCCUGUCAGCACAUCCAGUCCCCAACACCAUCACAAUCCCUUCUUGGACACCUCGGCCCGAUCCCCUGCGCCGACGUCGGCAAACCCUUAUGCCGCGUCUGAGCCUAUGCCUGAGUUGGGGACGACAACGCAUACAGGCGCCUCGCCCUCUAUGGCUUCUUCCACACAGCCUCUUUCGUACAUGUCGCCUUCCACCGCCUCGACGACGACGUCAACGACAACGACACACGUGCCUACCACGUCGACCUACAGUACUGUCACACCAGUUGAGUCGAAUGUGCCUAGCACAGUGCCUGCACACACGGGAUUGUCGUAUGCCAAGCCUGCGGCUCUCGGCGCCACCACAGGCGCCGCACUAGCCCCGCCGUCCCACGCUGGCGCCACCAAGGCGCAAGAACAGGCACAAAUCGACGCAGAUGCUCAGCUCGCCCAGUCGUUGGCCUCGGCGAACGUGCAUGAUGAUACACAAUGGGCGCUGAAGGACAUUGUGUGGCGCGGGACGGAGACGAAGAUCAUUAUGCAGAACGAGAAUGGGCCAUGUUCACUCAUUGCAUUGUGCAAUUUGCUCCUCUUGGAGAAGCAGCUGCACAUUACACCGCCUGACCGCCCAGCGGUGUCAUAUGCCUACCUUUCUGAUCUGCUUACGGACUAUAUCAUGGAGUGCAGCAACGGCGCCUUGGAUCCUUCGGCUUUGAGUCUGGUGCUCAGCACGCUGCCGAAGAUGCUCAAGGGAUUCCAAGUGGACGUGUUUUUCGAUGCGCCUGACAAAUUUGGCUCCGAUACGGGCGCUGCCUCUUCGGGCGAGUUGACCUUGUUCCGUGUGGCUCGUGUACCGCUCUUACAUGGCUGGAUCGCCGAUCCGACAGAUUCGUCAACGUAUGCUGCGCUUACGCAGGUCGGCAGCUACAACAAUGCGACGAUGCUCCUGUCGCAGAAUAUGGCGGGUAUGAACACAGGUUCGUUGCCGCAGCUCGUGCGUACAUUCUUGGAGCAGUACAAGACACAGCUCACACCGGCCGGUGUUGUCGCCCUGAAGCGAAUUCUCGCACCUGGUCAGUUGGCUGUACUGUUCCGCAACUCGCAUCUCUCGGUGCUGUACCACCGUCGAGCGGACGAAGGCAGUAUGUCGACGCCAUCCCUGUUCACGUUGGUCUCUGAUUCCAUCUUUUUGAUGGAGGACAAGAUUGUGUGGGAAAGUUUGGAAGACACCACCGGACAAGAGACGCGGUACUUUGAUGGCCAGUUCCAGCAGGUCAUCCGCUCCGAGGCAGAAUGGGCCCGGAUGGUAGAUCAAAGCAAUGUGGCGAAUAGUACCGAGUCUGACGACUAUGCUCUCGCGCUACGCUUGCAAAAUGAAGAGCGGCAACGUGCGGCAGCACGUCGUGCACGUCGUGGACAUACUGCAAGUCCCUUGGUCAAUGUGCCAGACUCUUCCAGUUUGGCGCGGUUCCAGACGGAGCCUUCUUCAUCCCAAACUUCCUCAUCCAACGGCCGUGUCCCAGGUAUGAAUGGGAUCAAGAAGAUGAUGUCCAAGUUACGACCAAAUGCUGGCAAGUAA